CGCCAGAACACUCCGGAAGCCGGGGAAUGGACUUGGUGGCCUUUGAGGAUGUGGCUGUGAACUUCACCCAGGAGGAGUGGGCUUUGUUGGAUCCUUCCCAGAAGAAUCUCUAUAAAGAUGUGAUGCAAGAAACCUUUAGGAACUUGGCUUCUAUAGGAACUAAAUGGGAAGACCAGAUCAUUGAAGAUCAGUACAAAAAUUCUUGGAGAAAUCUAAGGUACAUGAAAGAAUUCAUACUGGAGAGAAACCCUAUGAAUGUAAAGAAUGUGGGAAAGUCUUCAGACAUUCCAGUAACCUUUGUAGACAUGAAAAAACUCAUACUGGAGGCAAACCUUAAAAUGUAA